GGGGAGGGGGGGCAGAAGGCAGACCGAGAAAAGGCAGCUUUAACACGUUUUCUUUGGAAGGCGAGAGGGCUGCCGGCGAACGGCCCGCUCUGGGGCAGGGGCAGCUCUUGGAGGCAGAGACGCCGCAGCCUCCCCUUAGCCAGGGCUGUGUUGGGAAAGGCGGCAGGUGCCGGGCAGCAGCAGUCGCCGCCUCCGCUCUUCGAAACCGCCGGAGCCAGCUCCCCAGUCGCAAGCAGGGCGGGGCUGCGCGGGGGCGGCCCAACGGGAGGCAGCAGCCCCCUGUCCCGAGCAUUUAGAAGGGCCGGUCCCGGGUGAGGCUGUGUCUGGCUGGAGCGGGGCUAGGGGCCGAGCGCGGCUGGCAGCGCCAUGGCGCGGGAAGGUAUCGUGAACCCGGCUUUCGAGCCCUCCAGCCCCGACCUCCGUCUCCACCCCAGGGCGAGCGCCAGCCGCUCCCGCCCGGUCCCCGGCCGACCCCCGUCGGUGUGUGAGGAGGGGCCCUGCGGGUGGGGCAGCUUCACUCCUAGGGCUCUGCAGCUGUGCAACAACCCCGAGGGCUACCUGAGCGCCUACAGCCUGCUGGCCGUCUUCCAAGGUAUUGUGGUGAAUGGCCUAGUAAAUGUUAGUAUUUCCACAAUUGAAAAGCGUUUUGAGCUGAGCAGUUCCCUCACUGGUGUCAUCUCUGCAAGCUAUGACAUUGCUUUUUGUGUAUUGUCGCUGUUUGUAUCUUUCUUUGGAGAAAGAGGGCACAAACCAAGAUGGCUUGCCUUUUCAUCAUUUAUGAUAGGAUUGGGAUCACUUGUGUUUGCCUUUCCACACUUUGCCGGUGGAAUAUACCAAUAUGGAUCUAAACUUGAAGAUACCUGUCAAUUAUCAGGAACUAACAUUGCUAACUUCAGUUGCAAUACCAAAGAGUCUUCACUCUCCAACUACCUCUAUGUCUUCAUCCUGGCACAGCUGCUACUGGGAGUUGGAGGAACUCCCCUGUACACCUUGGGCACCGCCUUCAUUGAUGAUAGUGUCCCAAAAUACAAAUCUUCUCUCUACAUAGGAAUUGGCUAUGCCAUGUCAUUGCUGGGUCCUGCCCUUGGCUAUGUAUUGGGAGGGCAGCUGCUUAAUAUCUAUAUUGAUGUCCCUCUUCAAACAAGCACAGAGAUUGAUUCAGAUGACCCACGGUGGCUUGGGGCUUGGUGGAUAGCAUUUCUCUUGUGCUGUUUUGCAACAUGGCUUCUGAUAGUACCUUUUUCAUGUUUUCCAAAGCACUUACCAGGUACAGCAAAAGUACAAUCUGAAAAAAUUUCUGAAACUCAUCAUGAUGGAAGUGAGGCAUUUGUUGAAGACAGGAAUAUUGGGAAAAAUUUUAAAGAUUUUCCAGUGGCUCUUUUGAUACUGCUGAAGAAUCCUGUGUUGAUGUGUUUAAUAGUAGCUGCUUCUACAGAAGCUUUAGUUGCCACUGGCUUUGCCACAUUUCUGCCAAAAUUUAUAGAAAAUCAGUUUGGACAGUCAUCCAGUUAUUCAGCUACACUAGGAGGGCUUGUAUUAAUUCCAGGAGCAGCACUAGGUCAAAUCAUAAGUGGCAUCUUGGUUUCCAAGUACAAACUGGAUUGCAAAAACAUAAUCAAGUUCAUAUUAGGCACUUGCUCAGUGGCUCUAAUAUUAAACACGGUGUUUGUGUUUUCUAAAUGUGGGAAUGAACCAUUCGCAGGUGUCUCUGAAACAUAUAACAGAACAGGCAAGUUAAGGAACUUGACUGCACCAUGUAAUGCUAACUGCAACUGCUUACGCUCCUUUUAUUACCCAGUUUGUGGCAGAGAUGAAGUCCAGUAUUUUUCUCCCUGUUUUGCAGGAUGUACAUCUUUUACUGUUCAAAAAAGGAAAAAGAUUUACCAAAACUGUUCCUGUAUUGGGAUGCCAAAAAGAUUACUUGACGCAGAAGAGGUCCCUUUUGAGGCUCUGGCUGGGAAAUGCCGAACACGAUGCACGUUCUUGCCUGUAUUCCUGGGCUUUUUCUUUUUUGCUGUUGUUUUCACUUUUAUGGCUGUUACUCCAACUACUGUGGCCAUCCUCAGGUGUGUGCCAGAUAAACAGCGUUCAUUUGCUCUGGGAGUGCAGUCAGUGUUUCUACGAUUAGUAGGCACUAUUCCUGGACCAAUUUUGUUUGGUGUGGCAAUAGACAGUAGUUGCACUCUGUGGGAUGUUAAUAAAUGUGACAUUAAAGGAGCCUGCUGGGUCUAUGACAACUCAAAAAUGGCCUACAUGCUGAUUGGUAUAAGUGCAGCUUGUAAAGUCAUCACUAUCCUUUUUACUGUCAUUGCAUUCUGCUUAUAUAAACCGCCACCAGACAGCUCUGCGACUUUGCAAAAGGAUGCUGAAAUGGUGUCUGCUGUGCACAUGUGAAACUGUUAUGAGAAAACCAGGAACUUUAAAAGAAACCAAGAAUAUACACAGCUACUGAAAGAUAAGCUGUCAGAGAGCUUCAUUUGCAAGUGCAGCAUUAUCUGAACUUGAUUUAGAUCUUAAACAGCUUUAAAUGAUUUUAAAUAUUGGUGGAUAUUUUGUGUAACAUUAAUUCAAACUGAGGAAAUUUUAUAUUUCAACAAUGUAUCCCAAUCAAAACUACUGUAAAUAGAGGAAAUGUCUUACAAUUCAUUGAGUUAAGCAAAUUGCAAUAUUAUCAGUAGAACACAAGAAAGAGGACAUAAAAAGCUGAACUGGAAUACCAAAAAAACGUGAAUAAUUGUUACUGCCUAUAAAGGCAACGGUACACCCUAAGAAGACAGACUUUAGGACAACAAAAUAGUAAAUGGGUGUGUUAAAGGGAGCUGUCAAUGUUUACUUUAAAAUGGUAGGAAUAAUAUGCGCCAAUGUUUUGGGCUACUAAACAACAUUUAAGGUUUGAUUGAUGUAAAUUUAUUUAUACUGUAGUUUCUUGAGUAGGGAGAAAUAAAAAAACAGGCACUUUGUUUUCUAAAUCUAUUUUGUACAAGUUAGGUUAAAAGUUUAAAUUGUGAUUAAAUUUGUAAUCUUUACUUUUUUCCUACAAAUAUAUUUAAGAAUAGUUUUCAUUAUAGGAAAAUGAACAAACUUGUAAUUAAUAAACAUUUGUUCAACUGGGUGCCUUAGUAUUUGAAUUCAGACUAUAUCCAAAAGGAUGAUGUCAAAAUAUUCUUGUUACUUUUUUUUUAGAAAGAUUCAUCUCUCAUAAUAUACACUCUGGAAAUUAAAAUGAAAUCUGUUUUCUUAAAAUGUU